AUGGAGAACCGCGUCUACAAAGUAGGACAGGGCGAUACUCUUGUUGGAGUUGCAGUCAAAUUUGAUACAACAGUAUCAGAACUUAUGAGGAUAAACAGAUUAUGCAAUGAAAUUAUUUGUCCCGGUGAUAUAAUUGUUCUCAAGAAACCUGAAAUAAAAAAGGAGUAUCUUAUUAACACAGAAUCAGAGUUAUUGAAAUACGAAACAUCAAUUUUCGGUCAGCUUUGUGCAGAUUACGAAAAUUUAGCAUUUUAUCCAGAUGCUUCUGAUAAUUUGAUAAAUAUCAAGUUUUCAUCAAUCAUAUCAACAUCAAUGAUCCCACAUCCAUCUGCUGUUUUCGUUGGACCAAAUUAUGAGGAAACAACUCCAGAUUCUCCAUUUAUUAUUUGCAUUAACUACAACGAAGUUAAUGACCAGGUUAUUUUAAUGUUCAAAGCACCAAAAGACAAGCUCCAAGAAGUUACAGCUUUAAUCACAAAAUAUCAACAGGCAGCAAACGAUUUUGGCCGUCGUAGUAUCAGUAUGCCGAACUUAACAACCCUUGCUGCCCACGAAAAACCACUUUUACCUAUUAACAUUACCGCGCAAAAUCCAAUUUUAACAGAAAAUUUAAUAAACCUCAUAAGAAGGGAGCUUCCAAAGCGCUACAGGAACAACGACUGGAAGGCCCUAUACCAAAUGACAGUCGACGGCUGCUCAUACAAUACAUUUUUCGAAAAAACCGAACGAUAUGAACCAGUUUUACUAGCUUUAAAGACUAAUACGAAUGAAAUUGUGGGAGCAUUCGCAUCCCGCGGUUUAAAGAAGUCAAAGAACUACUACGGUUCCGGAGAAUCUUUUGUUUUCAAAUUUGUUGAAGGAGAUCUCAUUGCGUUCCAUUGGUCAAAGAAGAACGAAUACUUCAUUACAAGUACAAAGAAUGAAAUAGUUAUUGGCGGCGGAGGCUCAUCUGCAAUUUGGAUCGACGGAGAACUCGACCACGCAAUGAGUGAGCCUUGUGAGACAUUUAUGUCUCCUCAGCUAACAUCUGUUCAUUCUUUUAGAUUGUAUAAUCUUGAAGCUUGGAGUUUUUCUGAACAUAAGUUUGACUGA